AUGCUACCUCCCGUUCGCCCCCGCUCAAGUAAAGAGGUAGACGCUCGUGAAGCAGAUGCGCACUGGCUGUUGCCCCUUCGUUCUCCUCCUGCCCUCCGUUUGUCUCCCCCCGAGUGUGCCUGCUGUCUCUCCUGUGAGAAACUGCAUUCGGGCUGUGCAAACAGACAAGAGUGCGCAUUGGGAGAUUCAGCUUGUAAGAAUUCUGAGUCUGAUCCUGAGGACUUUUCAGAUGAAACAAAUACAGAGAACCUUUAUGGUACCUCUCCCCCCAGCACACCUCGGCAGAGGAAGCGCCUGUCAACCAAACACAGGAGGAAUAAUGUAGGGAGGCCCACCAGUCAAGCUAAUGUGAAAGAAAAAAUGAACGCAGCAAACCAACCUCCACAUAAAGACACUGGAAAAACUGUGGAGAAUGUGGAAGAAUACAGCUAUAAGCAGGAGAAAAAGGUCCGAGCAGCUCUUAGGACGACGGAGCCGGAUCAUAAGAAGAACGUGCAGUGCUCGUUCAUGUUGGACCCAGUGGGUGGGUCUUUGCCCAAAAAAUCAAUUCCAGACGUGGAUCUCAAUAAGCCUUACCUCAGUCUUGGCUGCAGCAAUGCUAAGCUUCCGGUGUCUGUGCCCAUGCCGAUAGCCAGAACUGCACGCCAGACUUCUAGGACUGACUGUCCAGCAGAUCGCUUAAAAUUUUUUGAAACUCUGCGACUUCUACUAAAGCUUACCUCAGUCUCAAAGAAGAAGGACAGGGAGCAAAGAGGACAGGAAAAUACGUCUGCUUUCUGGUUUAACCGAUCUAAUGAACUGAUCUGGUUAGAGCUACAAGCCUGGCAUGCAGGACGGACCAUUAACGACCAGGACCUCUUUUUAUACACAGCCCGUCAAGCCAUCCCAGAUAUUAUCAAUGAAAUCCUUACUUUCAAAGUUAAUUAUGGGAGCUUUGCCUUUGUUAGAAAUGGAGCUAGUUUUAAUGGUACUUUGGUAGAAGGGCAGUGCAGAGCCCCUCAUGGGACAAAGGUUGUGGGUUACCCAACAUAUCAUGAGCAUCUCCAACGCCAGAGGGUGUCAUUUGAGCAGGUCAAACGGAUAAUGGAGCUGCUGGAGUACAUAGAGGCACUUUAUCCAUCGUUGCAGGCUCUUCAAAAGGACUACGAAAAAUACGCUGCAAAGGACUUCCAGGACAGGGUGCAGGCGCUCUGUUUGUGGUUAAACAUCACAAAAGACUUAAAUCAGAAAUUAAGGAUUAUGGGCACUGUUUUGGGCAUCAAGAAUUUAUCAGACAUUGGCUGGCCAGUGUUUGAAAUCCCUUCCCCACGACCAUCCAAAGGCAAUGAGCCCGAAGAUGAGGGUGAGGACACAGAAGGAGAAUUGAAAGAGUUGGAAAGCAGUACGGACGAGAGUGAAGGAGAACAAAUCUCUGAUCCACGGGUACCAGAGACCAGGCAGCCCGUUGACAGCAGUUUCAACAUCCAGUCACCGGACUGCGUAACUAAGAAGCUUGAGAGGCUUGAAUCUGAGGACGAUUCUGUUGGCUGGGGAACACCAGACUGCAGCACAGAAGCAGGCUUCAGUAGACAUUGUCUGACUUCUAUUUAUAGACCAUUUGUAGACAAAGCACUGAAGCAGAUGGGGUUAAGAAAGUUAAUUUUAAGACUUCACAAGCUGAUGGAUGGUUCCUUGCAAAGGGCACGUGUAGCACUGGUAAAGAGUGACCGUCCAGUGGAGUUUUCUGAAUUUCCGGAUCCCACGUGGGGUUCUGAUUACGUGCAGCUGUCCAGGACGCCGCCUUCCUCGGAGCAGAAAUGCAGCGCUGUCUCGUGGGAUGAGCUGAAGUCCAUGGAUUUACCCUCAUUCGAACCUGCCUUCCUGGUCCUCUGUCGAGUCCUUCUGAAUGUCAUACAUGAAUGUCUCAAGUUAAGGUUGGAACAGAGACCUGCUGGAGAACCAUCUCUCUUGAGUAUUAAGCAGCUGGUGAGAGAGUGUAAGGAGGUGCUGAAGGGCGGCCUCCUGAUGAAACAGUACUACCAGUUCAUGCUGCACGAGGUCCUGGAGCACCUGGAGGAGACCGACUGCAACAUCGACGCCUUCGAGGAGGAUCUGCACAAAAUGCUGAUGGUAUAUUUUGAUUACAUGAGAAGCUGGAUCCAAAUGCUACAGCAGUUACCUCAAGCAUCUCAUAGUUUAAAGAAUCUGUUAGAAGAAGAAUGGAAUUUCACCAAAGAAAUAAUCCAUUAUAUCCGGGGAGGGGAAGCACAGGCUGGCAAACUUUUCUGUUGCUACAGUUCUGCAUUGCCUGCAAGGCCCAUCGAGCUCAUACCUCCAGCUGGGUUUGAUCUCGCGCCUCAGACACCAGCUCCGCUCGCAGUUACCUUCUGCCCCGUCCGACGAAUGCUGCUGAAAUCUACAGGAAGUUUCCUAGAAUCUGGCUUACAGGAGAGCUGUGCAGAGUUUUGGACCAGUGCCGAUGAUAGUAGUGCUUCAGAUGAAAUAAGGAGAUCUGUUAUAGAGAUCAGUCGAGCACUGAAGGAGCUCUUUCAUGAGGCUAGAGAAAGAGCCUCCAAAGCACUUGGAUUUGCUAAAAUGCUAAGAAAGGACCUGGAAAUAGCUGCGGAGUUCAUACUUUCAGCCCCAGUUAGAGACCUUCUGGAUGUCCUGAAAUCAAAACAGUACGUUAAGGUACAAAUUCCUGGCUUAGAAAACUUGCAGGUGUUUGUUCCAGACGCCCUUGCUGAGGAGAAGAGUAUUAUUUUGCAGUUACUCAACGCGGCCGCAGGAAAAGACUGCUCGAAAGACUCCUAUGAACUGCUGAUCGACGCCUAUCUGCUUCUCACCAAACAGAGCGACCGCGCUCAGGACUCAGAGGGCAGCUGGGCCACGUGGGAGGCGCAGCCUGUCAAAAUCGUGCCUCAGGUGGAGACUGUCGAUACCUUGAGAAGCAUGCAGGUGGAUAAUCUUUUACUAGUUGUCAUGGAGUCUGCCCAUCUCAUAAUUCAUAGAAAAGCUUUCCAGCAGUCCACUGAAGGACUCAUGACCCUACGCCAGGAGCAGACAUCCAGUCAGCCCGUCAUUGCCAAAGCUUUGCAGCAGCUGAAGAAUGAUGCAUUAGAGCUUUGCAACAGAAUAAGUGAUGCCAUUGACCGAGUGGACCACAUGUUCACUUCAGAAUUUGACGCUGAAGUUGAUGAAUCUGAAUCUGCUACGUUGCAGCAGUAUUAUCGAGAAGCCAUGAUUCAAGGGUACAAUUUUGGGUUCGAGUAUCAUAAAGAAGUCGUUCGUUUGAUGUCUGGCGAGUUUAGACAGAAGAUAGGAGACAAGUAUAUAAGCUUUGCCCGGAAAUGGAUGAAUUACGUCCUGACUAAAUGUGAGAGUGGUAGAGGCACAAGACCCAGGUGGGCAACUCAAGGUUUUGACUUCCUGCAAGCCAUUGAACCUGCUUUCAUUUCAGCUUUACCAGAAGAUGACUUCCUGAGUUUACAAGCCCUGAUGAAUGAAUGCAUUGGCCAUGUAAUAGGAAAGCCGCACAGUCCUAUUACAGGUUUGUACCUUGCCAUUCAUCGGAACAGCCCCCGUCCUGUGAAGGUACCACGAUGCCAUAGCGACCCUCCUAACCCUCAUCUGAUUAUCCCAACUCCAGAGGGAUUCAGCACCCGGAGCGCGCCUGCGGACACGCGGAGCCUCAGCAGCCCCGCCGCCGCCACUGUCACUGCCACCGCCGCCAGCGGUCGCCCCGGCCCCUCCGGCAGCGACUCUGCGCCGCCCAAACCCAUCAGCAGUGCCCAUGAGACCAGGGGUUCCAGCGUCCCUGAGAAUGAUCGAUUGGCUUCCAUAGCGGCCGAACUGCAGUUUAGGUCCCUGAGUCGUCACUCGAGCCCCACCGAGGAGCGAGAUGAACCAGCGUAUCCAAAAGGUGAUUCAAGCGGGUCAACUCGAAGAAGUUGGGAACUUCGGACACUUAUCAGUCAGACUAAGGAUACCGCUUCCAGGCAAGGACCCAUAGAAGCUAUUCAGAAGUCAGUCCGACUGUUUGAAGAAAAGAGAUACCGAGAAAUGAGGAGAAAGAAUAUCAUUGGUCAAGUGUGUGAUACCCCUAAGUCUUAUGACAAUGUUAUGCACGUUGGCUUGAGGAAGGUGACCUUUAAGUGGCAAAGAGGAAACAAAAUUGGGGAAGGGCAGUAUGGGAAGGUCUAUACCUGUAUCAACGUGGACACCGGUGAACUGAUGGCCAUGAAGGAGAUUCGCUUUCAACCUAAUGACCACAAAACUAUCAAGGAAACGGCAGACGAACUUAAAAUCUUCGAAGGCAUCAAGCACCCCAAUCUGGUUCGGUAUUUUGGUGUGGAGCUGCAUAGGGAAGAAAUGUACAUCUUCAUGGAGUACUGUGACGAGGGUACCUUAGAGGAGGUGUCGAGGCUGGGACUUCAGGAGCACGUCAUCAGGCUGUAUUCUAAGCAGAUCACCGUUGCAAUCAAUGUCCUCCACGAGCAUGGCAUAGUUCACCGUGACAUUAAAGGUGCCAACAUCUUCCUUACCUCAUCUGGACUAAUCAAGCUGGGAGAUUUUGGAUGCUCAGUAAAGCUCAAAAACAAUGCUCAGACCAUGCCUGGUGAAGUGAAUAGCACGCUGGGGACAGCAGCAUACAUGGCCCCAGAAGUCAUCACUCGCGCCAAAGGAGAAGGCCAUGGGCGUGCGGCCGACAUCUGGAGUCUAGGGUGCGUUGUCAUAGAGAUGGUGACUGGCAAGAGACCUUGGCAUGAAUAUGAGCACAACUUUCAGAUUAUGUACAAAGUGGGAAUGGGGCAUAAGCCACCAAUCCCUGAAAGAUUAAGCCCAGAAGGAAAGGACUUCCUUUCUCACUGCCUAGAAAGUGAGCCCAGGAUGAGGUGGACGGCCAGCCAGCUCCUCGACCAUUCCUUCGUCAAGGUUUGCACAGAUGAAGAAUGA